CUAUUCACUACUUAUGAAGGAUUACUUACAGUGUGAUUUAUAUGUUUAGUACAAAGCAGCCUCAGCACCAGCAGAAAUUGAACUCAGCAUUCGACCAAUACUGUUGGUGAAAGUGUUCGCUUUUCUCAAUGACAGUGUACAUAUUUCGCUUGGCAUAAGAGCGCAUGACAUGCAAAAUUUUGGCAGUUUCUCACGUUUGAUACUGAUCUUGUCCUUGGUCAACUUCCUCUCGCAGGUCAAUCGUUCCUCAGCAAAUAGCGAAGAAUUUGUGAGUGAUGAAGAGGAUCUGGUCAUACGUCUGAAUAAGAUAAAGGCGAAGGUAACGUUUUAUGGCCCAGACUCAAAAAUGACGUUCAAGUUGUCGGAUCUCAGCACCGAUACAUCGAAAGUGUCUUUAAACGCUGAUCAACCAUUCUACAUCAUUGUGCAUGGUUUCGGAUCUUUUCCGCGUUGGGUUCCAAAAGUUUGUGAGGCAUUGUUUGAAAGAAGCAGUGUUAGUGAGGGUCGAGGUCUACAGUCUCAUUUUAAAAUGGAAGCGUAUGUCAAGACAUUCGUCCGGACGCUGAUGCUGACUUGA